AUUGUCCUUAACUCCGUGCUGUCAUCAGAGACAUGAAAAUCCAUCUAGAGAAAAAUCUGGAGGAGGAGCGCCGGAUGUUACUGCAGCAACAAAGACUAUGUCGAAAUCGAGCACGUAGAUACUUUGUGGAGUCAAACCGAAGGAAAAAAGCUUUUGAAGAGAAACGAAAGGAGCAAGAGGAAAAAGAAUACCAAAUCAGAGAACAGAUACUUCAGCAAAGAAAACAGAAGUUUGAAGAAGUUACUGAAAAGUUUCAGCGUGCCCAUAUUCCUCUUUCACAGCGAAGGAGAGCAGUUUUCCAAAAACCAGUUCCUCCUUUAGAAGAGGCCCUCCAACAAAUUCAGGAAUUCAACUUAAAAUCAGAAAUAAAUCUUCCCUUUUCUCACAGACCAGCGAUGAACUGGAGAGCUAUAGAUGCUGCCUUGCCUUCAGCAUGGUCUAAAAAGGAUCACAAGCAUCAGAAGCAACUCUCAUCCAAAGUCGAUUGUGAUAAAGAAAUGAAAGAAAACCCCAAGGCGAACUUGGCUACUGACAAAAAUGUGUUCCAGCUUAAACUGGAGGAAACUCAGAAACUUCUAGAAGAUCAGCAUCUAAGCAGUUUGCAAAAGUUUUGUGAUGAAGUUAAUCAGAUAACCAAUUCUGAAACCCUCUCCAGUAUAGACAGUCUUGAGGCUAGAGAGCAGGAAGAAAUAUAUUUAACACUGAAUAAGGAGCCUUUCACAUCAAUCCAGCAGCAGAAUAUCAUUUCCCUCAAGUCAGCAAACCCACAAUCAACGAAUCCAAGCUGCUUUGAUGAAGAUAGACUGGCAUUCUCUAAAACCCAACAUAUAAAUAAUUGGCUUACAAAUAUAGAUGCUGCAAAUACUCAGGCUGCCACACCUUUCUCGGAUAUUUUAAGUACAUCUGAUGUUCUGCCAUCGUGGGAAUGUUCAAACAGUAACAAACAAAAUCUGUCUACUUCAAGUAGGACUGUGGAAAGAGCUGCAAAUACUGCGAAUAAUCCAGCAGACUUUGUAUGUAAUCCCCCCAUAUCUCCACUAGAUACAAAGAGUGAAAAGACCUCUGAAGCUAGCACUGUGGGGACAACUGGCCCCGCUUCUAGAGAAUUCAAAAGGGAGAGGCCAUCAGUUCCUGAGAGCCCAACAUUUGAAUUCAGCAAAGCCGGGAGCUCUUCAGAUUCUCUGUCCCAGGAAGUGGCUACAUUUUUAGACCAAGAGGAAUAUUCUGAAUUAACUCAAGAAAAUAGAACGACUUCAGUUUCGACUUCAUGUGUACCAGUGGCAACGCCUUUAAUUUUGCCCUCUAAUACACAGUCAGCUAGACCUUUAGCAAAGAACAGUCUACACAUAAGAGAAAUUGACUCAGUGCAGUGUUCUGAUAAUUUAGGUGAAUUGAAAGAUAUUAAAGAUGAAAAGGUAAAAUAUGUUCAUUGUAGUACGGAAGAGUUGCCUUUAUUUUCAGACAGUUUUCUAGCUGCCUAUAUACCUCGUAAUUCUGAUGCAAAGUCUGAAAAACAAAAAUUAGUUGACCCAUCGGCAUCGUUGUCUAAUAUAUUUCCUAAUUAUGACUUAGGUGGUCAGCACAAGAAAAUGAAAUACAACAUUCAUGAGAGAAAUGGAGUGAGAUUUCUUAAAAGUAUUUUAAAGAAAGACUCUAAAUAUGAACAUGAUUAUCUUAAAGCACUCAUUAUAAAUCAAGACUUUAAGUUUGGAAAUAAAAAAGCAGCAGCUAUUAGAGAUAGCAUCGAAUUAACAAAGGAAAAAGAAAAAGGUGCAGACAUCCCAAAGGCUACUAAGAAACUGAGGUGGUUUGAUGAAACUGGCAAUAUAGAAAAGCAUGCUGAAGACAGUCAUUCGCUGAAAAAUAAGACAGAAAUAACUCAACAGUGGCCUCAACAAUUCCAUGUUAAAAGUGGUACUGGCAGCAACUUGAUGAGUGUUCCUGCUUGUGCUGUCAACCCUGGUGACAGAAAGAAGUCCAAGGACGAGUCUGCCUAUGAAAACGUCACUGUUUUGGGAGGGCCUGAAACAGACCCUGUGCCUUUGAACUGUUACUUACCUUCAGGUUUUAGCUUUGCUAAGCAAGCCUGGCCAGCCUCGAAGAAAGAGGAAAGUGAAAUCCCUGUGCGCAAUGGUGAUUCUAAAACCCAGAAAGGUCACCCACAAAGAGGUGGAGCAAAAGUAAUGAGAAGAACAGGACCUGCAAAAGCGCAAUCAGCCUUUGUAUACACAAACAGGAAAAGCUCUGUCGUUCCAGCACAGCCUGGGAGCAAAGCCAAGGCAUUUACACAAGCUCAGGGUAAAUCUGUUAUACCUCAUCCUCCUCCUAAAUCUGCUUCAGAUAAUUUAACUGGUAAAAAUAUACAAGUAUCUCAUUGUCAGUCAGUAAUGCCUGAAAAUUCUCAAAACAUCAUGACACAUAACUGUGUUCAUUUAAGACACAUGCUUCCAACAGCUAACAGUCUGAAUCAGUGGAGUCAAGAAAGUCGUCCUCUCCUCUCGAAGGCUUGUUCUGACCUUGUCACUGUGAUGCCGCCUCUGCCGUCUUACUGUUUUUCUGAGUGCCAAACUUUAGCAAAAAUAAAUCAUUCAAAUGGCACUCAAACAGUUGCCCGGCAAAAUGGGACAUUAUACUGCACCCAAAGAAGUCCUGUUGACGAAGAAAGUUACCAGUCUGGGACUCUCAGAAUGACUGCAGAGGAAUCGGUUCCCUUGUGGAAAAGAGGGCGUGAUGUCCUGCCUAAAAAAGAGAGGGCUGCUGAAACAGAAAGUCAUCAACACCUGAAGCACCAUGCCCACCUCCAAUUGCAUCCUUCCUCUUGCCGAAAUUCUACAGUUAUGAGAAGAAAACGAAUCGUUGAAAACAAGCAGAGAAGUCUUUUAGAGAAGAAAGGCCAAAACCCUGGAUCUGUAGGACGGAAGUACAGUGAGCAAAUGAAUCAUUUUGGACAAAGUGUCCAGAUAUGUUCAAGGGAGCCACAACAAACUAGAAGAGGCACUUCUGCUGUUGAAGAAGUUUCAGGUAGUACUUCUGAGUUUUUGAUGGCUGAAAACCUAGUGAAAGCCUCAGUACCUGAGGAUGAAAUUCUAACUCUCAUGAACAGCAGGCAGCUACAGAAGCCAAAUCUCACUUUAAAUAAGACCCAGCAAUUCAACAUCUGCAUGCUGUCAGCUGAAGAACAGAAGAUCCUGCAGUCCCUUGAGCAUCUUAAUGAAAGGUUACGCUAUGUACAAGAAAUCCGUCCAUCAAAAAUACUUUACAAAUAAUACCACUUCUGGAGAAGAGAGAAGGCAGACCCGGCAACUGCAGGGGUAAGAGGUGGUCCUGGCUGCCCCACCAGGAAGCCGUUUCUCACACGUCUCUAGGACGAGGUGCCUGGCGUUUUCCAGAGCCGGCCGUAGAAAACACGCGAGCGGCGGCCCCUGACUCCGACUGGGUGAGCAGUGGAGUCUGGCAGACUCAGAGAAUACCAGGAGGACAUGGUCCUGCCUGGACAGAAAGCAGGACACAGCCUGGCUCUGCACACGUGCCCGGGCUGAGACUCCAGCGUUGAAGCCUGUGAGUACAGCAGAUAGACAUUUUUCCCCCAAGAAUUUACAGUGCUUCUUUGCAAUUUAUAGCCUCAGCAAAAUUUGUUUAUUACAUUUCGCCAAAAUUUCUGUUUAUUAAAUUUCAACAAAAAAUUUCUGUUUAUUAAAUCUGUUUCUGUUAAACCUC